GGUUAACAACUAUGACUACCGUUAACCUUGAGGUUUUCCGCCUCAGGAUCAUUUGAAAAAUGAACGGAGACAGUGUGAGCAAGAGGUUGCAGAAGGAAUUGAUGGAGUUGUUGAUGUCCAAUGACAAGGGUGUUACAGCAUUCCCAGAUGGCGAAAAUCUCACCCGUUGGUUAGCUUCUAUCCGUGGACCUGAUGGAACGGUGUAUGAAGGCCAGCAAUACAAACUUUCACUUGAGUUCGGACCGAAUUAUCCUUACAGUCCUCCAAAUGUGCGCUUUGUUUCUAAAUGCUACCAUCCAAAUGUGGAUACCCGUGGAGUAAUAUGCUUAGAUAUUUUAAAAGAAAUGUGGUCUCCUUUGCUAACUGUAGAAAAUCUGCUUUUAUCUAUACGAAGCUUACUAGCAGAGCCUAACAACGAUAGCCCAUUAAAUGGUCAAGCGGCUCAACUUUGGUCUAAUCCUUCCGCAUUUCGUGCUGAAAUGAUGAAAUUUCAAGCCUCAUCAUCUAAUAGUUGA